GAUGAAGCAGAGGGGAAGGAUGUGACAUGUGAGGCAAGAAGCAGGGAAUGAGAGUGCUACAGUGAUUCACAGAGAAACAACGCAAGUAGGCUAGGUGGAAAGCGAGUAUGCACAGCUAAAAAGCAGAUCCAUCCAAUCCAAUGUAGAAAAAGAUAGAUAGACGGAGUGAUUCCUUCGCCUCUGCGUCGGCAUCAACUCAGUUCCCCAAUCCAAAACCCUAGAACAUCAUACUUAUACACUCUGCUACUCUGUUACACUGCGAUUAAUACAAGCAUCUGUGAGAGGAUCGGGAGAGGAGUUGGGUUGCUCUUGCUGAUUUGAGUUGUGCAUCUUGUGGAUCUCCACGGGAACUUUUAUAGAUUUCCUAAUAUUUGGGAGGCGGGGGAGGCGGAGGUGGCAGCUGGUGGUGGCGGGGAGGGCGCGGGUGCGGGUUGUCGGCCUCGGCGGCGGCGAACUGCAGCAGCGCGGCGCCCGUGGCCCGCAGCAGCCGGAGGAGACCAUCAAGAAGGAAGUCGCCAGCAUGUGUCUGCUGCGGCCAAAGACACAACAAGUCCCUACAAUGGAUCCCUCAAAAGCAUCAAAGAGGCCCGUUGGAAUUCUACUUGUGAAGGUUUCAGGAGCACAAAAUCUGGAAAAGAAGGGCCUGCUGGGUAGUAAAUCAGAUCCAUAUGUGAAACUUAAGAUGUCGGGUGACAGGCUUCCAUCCAAGAAAACAACAGUAAAGCGCAGCAAUCUCAAUCCGGAGUGGAAUGAAGAAUUCAAAUUUGUUGUGACAGAUCUGGAAAACCAGUCGCUGGUUGUUGAUGUCUUCGACCGGGCACAGGUUGGAAAACAUGAGAAGAUGGGCAUGAACAGGGUUCUGUUGAGCGAACUUGCCCCGGACGAGACUAAAGUGAUGACUCUUAACUUACUGAAGACCAUGGAUCCAAAUGAUAUACAAAAUGAGAAAUCUCGUGGUCAGAUUACCUUGGAGGUGACAUAUAAGCCUUUCAAGGAAGAAGAAGACACGGAGGAAGAAAGCAUGGAUGAUACUGAUGAAGUGCAGAAAGCCCCAGACAACACUCCAGCUGCUGGUGGGCUGCUUUUCGUCAUCCUUCACGAAGCUCAAGAUGUUGAAGGGAAGCAUCACACAAACCCAUACGCAGAGAUAAUCUUUAAAGGAGAAGAGAAGAAAACAAAGGUUGUCAAGAAGAACAGGGAUCCACGUUGGGAGGAUGAGUUUGAGUUUGCUUGCGAGGAACCACCUACAAAUGAUAAGUUGCAUGUUCAAGUCCUAAGCAAAGCUGGAAAGAUAGGAAGAAUGUUACAUGGCAAGGAAACCUUAGGCUACAUUGAUAUAACCCUGGCAGACGUGAUCAGCAACAGGCGGAUCAACGAAAAGUAUCGUCUCAUCGACUCGAAAUAUGGGCAGAUUCAAAUCGAGUUGCAGUGGAGAACUUCAUAGAAGCUGCGAGCAAGGUGCCAAAAUGCUUUGGCGCACGAGGGUUCGUGCCGUGAAGCAGCUAGCAAAAACUAUGCAGAUAUUCCAUUAUCUCUGUGCAGAUAUUCCUUGGUCUCCACUCUCCAGAACAUCUGCUUGAUCUAGUUGAGAUUUUCUGUUAAUUACUCAAAAGUUUCGUGAGAACAACGUAGGCUCGUUGACAUUAUAACUUCUUUGUGGUGAUAGGGUGCUCACUGUUGAAGAUACGCUUAUCGUGUGAACAGAUUGAAAUUUUGAAUUGUUGUAUUUAUGAAAUUGCAGUUUUACACCA